AUGGCUGAAAUUCAGGGUACCUAUGGUCCGGCAUUUCAAAAGCUCGUAGAUCUUUUCCAAGAUAAACUCUCAGAGGGCGAGGAGCUUGGCGGGGCCAUAAAUAUUAACAUCAGCGGUGAAGAUGUUGUCAACGUCUGGGCAGGCUAUACCGACCAGGCCAAAACCACAUCAUGGGCCGCAGAUACGAUCACGAACGUGUACUCCUCAACUAAGACUGUUGCUGCAAUUGCCAUCCUCGUGGCCCAUGAGCGUGGUCUGCUGAGCGUUGAUGACCCUGUUGCUAAACUGUGGCCAGAAUUUGCCGAAAACGGGAAGGAAAAGAUCCUUAUUCGACAUGUCAUGUCCCACAACUCAGGGGUUUCAGGUUGGGAAGGUCCCAUAACAAUGGAGGAGGUAUGUGAUGUGCCCUAUUCCACUGCCAGACUGGCAAAACAAGCACCAUGGUGGGAGGCAGGCACUGGCAGUGGCUACCAUGCCACUACACAGGGUCAUCUCUUAGGCGAGAUCAUCCGACGGGCGACUGGCAAGCCUAUGAAGCAAUUUGUUGCGGAGGAACUCGCCGGGCCCUUGAAAGCAGACUUCCAGAUCGGAGCAAGGGAGGAAGACUGGCCUCGAAUCACACCAGUCGUCCCGCCACCUCCUCCAUCCUGGGAUGUCAACAAGCUUGACCAGACUGGCAUAGUGUACAAAAGCCUCUUCAACCCUAGAACAAGCGCGACCUUCUCACGGACGCCCCUAUGGCGGAAGGCAGACAUGUCUGCGGUUAAUGGCCACGGGACAGCCAAGGGCCUCAACCAGAUAUUACGUGCAGUGACGCUAUCCGGGACAUCCCAUGAUGAUGCGAAGCUGUUGUCACCUGAGACCGUUCAGCAAAUCUUCCGAACGCAAUCUGAGUCAACAGACUUGGUCUUGAGCAUACCAUUACGGCUCGGAAUAGGUUUUGCUAUCGGCGGUGGACCGUCAGCUCAGACUUUCAAUUACUUGCCACAAGAAAAGAUGUGUUUCUGGGCUGGAUGGGGUGGUAGCUUUGCUAUCUGUGACUUGUACCGUGGCGUCACCUUUACGUAUGUCAUGAACAAGAUGGGCACAGGCAUUAUUGGUAACGAGAGAUCAAUUGAGUAUGCUAGGAUGGCGUGGCAGAUUCUCAAGCAGGGCGAGGAUGGGUGA